AUGAUUCGUAGAAAUACCCGUCUUCGUAGAGAAUAUCUCUAUAAAAAGUCCUUGGAACAAAAGGAACAGUCAACAUUUGACCGUAAACAAAAGAUCAAGGAAGCGAUCGAACAGGGAAAGACACUUCCGACUGAAUUAAGAAAAAUGGAUAAAGGGUCAAAAGAAGAUUUUGGUUAUGAUCAAGCACAAGAAGCUCCAUCAACACAUGAGGACGACGAAUAUGCCCGUGCUGGUGUGUACGAUCCAAAGAUUUUAAUCACGACAUCAAGAGAUCCUAGCAGUCGUCUACAACAGUUUUCAAAAGAAAUGCGUCUUAUUUUCCCCAACUCUCAGCGUAUUAAUCGUGGUGGUCAUGUGAUGAAGGAAAUUGUGGAGGCUUGUAGAGCAAAUGAAGUAACAGAUCUUAUCAUUCUGCACGAACAUCGUGGUCAGCCAGAUGGUAUGGUCGUUUGUCACUUUCCAUAUGGUCCAACAGCUUACUUUUCUCUACACAACGUUGUGCUUCGUCAUGAUAUCAAAGAUCAAGGAACGGUAUCUGAAGCAUAUCCACACUUGAUAUUCAACAACUUUAACUCAAAAUUGGGUGCAAGAAUUACAAACAUCUUGAAAUAUUUAUUCCCCGUUCCAAAAGAUGAUUCAAAACGAGUGAUGACUUUUGCAAAUGAUAAUGAUUAUAUUUCAUUUAGACAUCAUGUGUUUGUGAAAACAGGAAAUCAAGUAGAACUAGCAGAAGUUGGACCGCGAUUCGAAAUGAGACCGUAUGAAAUCAGACUAGGUACAGUUGAUCUGACAGAUGCGGAUGUUGAAUGGCAAUUGGCUGCUUAUACCAGAACUGCAGCAAGAAGAGUGGCAUUAUAG